AUGUCGAACAGCCAGUCAAAGGUAGAGCAGCUGGGAAGCAAAGCUCAGAAGCUGGACAAGAAGCUCGACAAUGAAGCCACACAGCUCAAGAAGCCCGCAAAGGCAGGCCAGGUGCACUAUCCGUUCUGGUUUGGUGGGAGUGCCGCCUCCAUGGCAGCAGUGUGCACCCACCCGCUUGAUCUGAUCAAGGUUCGCCUACAAACUCGCGCUCCUGACGCGCCCAAGACUACUGCCUCCACCUUCACCUACAUUCUCAAGAAUGAAGGCCCUCUCGGUCUCUACGCCGGUCUCUCCGCCGCCCUGCUCCGUCAAUUGACCUACUCGACCGUUCGAUUUGGCGUCUACGAGGAUCUCAAGGUCCGCUUCGCCCCCGCUCCGGACCCGGUCACGGGCAAAACACCACAACCCUCUAUGCUCAACCUCAUUCUCAUGUCCUCCACGUCCGGUGUGCUAGGUGGUAUAGCUGGCAACCCCGGCGACAUUCUCAACGUGCGCAUGCAAUCCGACGCCUCGCGGCCGCCGGAUCAACGACGCAACUACAAGCAUGCGAUCGACGGCGUCUUCCGCAUGGUUCGUGAAGAAGGGCCUGCGAGCUUAUUUCGCGGUGUAGGACCCAACUCUGCCCGAGCGCUGCUCAUGACUUCCUCCCAACUGGCCUCAUACGAUGGUUUCAAGGACUUCUGCCUUACACGUCUCGGCAUGAAAGACAAUUUGAGUACGCACUUUGUCUCCUCCCUUCUGGCGGGGUUCGUGGCAACUACAAUAUGUAGUCCUGCGGACGUGAUCAAGACGCGCAUCAUGAAUGCGGGGAAGGGUCAGGGGAUUGCCGGACUUCUGCGAGAAGCGCAGGCCAAGGAGGGUCUAUUCUGGAUGUUCCGUGGCUGGACACCCAGCUUCAUGCGACUGGGGCCGCAGACGAUCCUUACCAUGGUGUUCCUUGAGCAGCACAAAAAGUGGUACCGGCAUCUGAAGGGGCUUGAUGAAUAG